UUUUUUUUAUUUUUUUUUAUUUUAGAUAAAUCCAAUUUGAUUCGUGUUGGUGGUAGACUAGAAGCAUCAAACUGCAGCUAUGAGAGGAAACAUCCUAUUCUUCUCCAUUCAACACAUCAAUUGACUAAACUUUUGUUUCAACGGGAGCACAUAAACAACAUGCACGCUGGUCCACAAUUAUUACUUGCAGCGGUCAGGGAAACAGUAUGGCCUGUUAGUGGAAGACAUCUUGCUAGGCGUACGGUUAAUAAUUGUACUCGAUGUAGGCGCUUGAGAGGUAAAACUUUAGUCCCUAAAAUGGGCAAUCUUCCAGCCCAAAGAGUAAACCCUGACUUUCCCUUUUUGUCUGUUGGCUUAGACUUCGCGGGCCCAUUUCAUAUCCUAAACCGCAAGGGCCGUGGUAGUCGGCUUAUUAAAUGUUACUUGUGCUUAUUUUUUGCCUCCGCUAUAAAUGAAGAUCCUUUUGUAAUGACACUUCGAAGGUUUAUUGCGUGUAGGGGCAAACCAGCAGAAAUAUUGUGCGACAACGGUCGUAACUUUGUAGCAGCCGCAAAGGACGUAGGAACGUUUUUAAAGGAUAGUGCGGAGCCGCUGUCUGAUUUUGCAAGUCAACAAGGAAUAAAGUUUACGUUUAUACCUACUUACGCUCCUCACUUCGGCGGCAUCUGGGAAGCCGGCGUAAAGUCAGCUAAACAUCAUCUCAGACGUGUCAUUGGCAAUAGCCACCUAACUUUCGAAGAAAUUUCUACUUUGUUCGCGCAAGUGGAAGCUAUAUUGAAUAGUCGUCCCUUGUGCCCCUUAUCUUCCUGUCCUAAUGAUUUCCUCUCCCUCUCUCCAGGGCACUUCCUAAUCGGAAGACCGCUGACUGCGCUGCCGUCACCGAGCUUUGAAGAUUGCAAUGAAUCCCGACUGCAACGCUAUAAUCGCCUGCAGAUGAUUCGCCACCACUUUUGGCAAAGAUGGCAGCGAGAAUACCUCUCAGAGCUACAGCAGAGAUUUAAAUGGAAGGCCAAUAUGGAUAAGUUAAUUGUAGGAGACCUGGUUCUACUCCAAGAAGACAACUUACCUCCCUUGAGCUGGCGACUCGGUCGAGUUCUACGUUUAUUCCCGGGACCAGAUGGAGUAUCGAGAGUUGCAGAUGUCAAUACCAUUAAAGGAUGCGUGCGACGACCUCUGGUUCGUCUGUGCCCAUUGCCAACCACUGAAGAACUUCGGGGUUGAAAGUCGCCUUUCAACGAGGCGGGAAGAUGUUCAGGCGCACACUCCAUUAGCGCCUUGUCAUUAUUUAAGAGCAACGCCACACAAAAACAUCGCGUUACUUUGCAUCAGGAGCAAAAACUGCAUAACGACACAUCUCAUUCGACCGUCAUUGUGAUAGGACAUACGACAAAGUAAACUUAUUUCAAUCGCAUUAUAUAUCGUUUCAAUUGCCUCCACUUAUGUUCUA